UGGUGUGCGCAUGCGCAGAGGCGGCUGCUCCGUGACGCUCGCGACACCGGCGCUGUGCUGGAGUUUGACGUGGCACUUUCGGCACGCGAUUCAACAUCAGCAGAGGAAAGGACGCAGUUCAUCAGUUUCCUUCAGUCUAGUGACAAAGUUCCUGAUCGCACAUGCUUAGGGUUGCGCUAAUCAUAUCAGGUCACCCUUUUUUAUCCCAGACUGGAAUGAAAGAGGUAUAACAGUAGGAUGAGUCAGCAAGGUUAUGUUGCCACCCCUCCAUACUCCCAGGCCCAGGCUGGAAUGGGGGGGUACUCUGCAGGUUUUGGGAACCCCCCACCUCAGUCGCAUUACGGCGUGUAUGGAUCUCCACCACAGGGUUACUCCGCCCCUCCGACAGGUGUGCUCAAGCCUCCUGCCUCCUCUUCUUCUGGGAUGCCUCCACCACCAGUAUCCAGCCAGUAUGGUGCUAACAUUCAGCAAAAUGGGGCCCAUCCCCACAGUUUCCCUCCUCCUGUUGCUUCAGCUCCUUCCAUGUCUCCUUAUGGACAGCCUCCUCAAAGUGCUUUUCAUAGUAUGGCACAAGCCCCGCCUCCAACUCAACAGCUGACCAAUCAAAUGAGUGCCAUGAACAUCGGAGGAUAUGGCCAAAGGCCCAUGCAGAUACCGCAGUCUUCUUCCAGCUCAGCAGCACCACAACAGUUUCAAACAUCACCACCAACAGCAAUGGGACAUCCGCCCCUUUCUCCACCGGGACAGCAGCUGCCCUCUCUUGGAUCUCCUCCACCAAUGGCUACGAUGGGUUCUGUGACAGCUCCGCCAAUGGGAAUGUCUGGCCCACCUGGACCAGGUGUCCACCAACCACCACUGGGACCCCAAGGCUAUCCACAGCAACCAGGGAGCCCGAUGUCAGGCCCGUAUGGUGCGCAAAUGGCAGGACCACAAAUGGCAGGACCACAGAUGGCAGGGCCACAAUCAGGCGCUUUCCCAGGAGGCUUUCCUGGAGGUCCAGCACAAAUGGCAGGCCCUCCUCAAAAGAAGCUGGACCCGGACUCCAUUCCAAGCACGACGCAAGUGAUUGAGGAUGACCAGGCUAAGAGAGGAGGCCAGGUGUAUGUCACAAACAUCAGAGGUCAGGUGCCUCCACUGGUCACCACAGAUUUCACAGUACAGGAUCAAGGGAAUGCAAGCCCAAGGUUCAUGCGGUGCACAACAUAUUCCUUCCCCUGCACUGCUGACCUUGCAAAGCAGUGCAAAGUGCCUCUGGCAGCCAUUAUCAAACCCUUCGCCACCGUGCCCAAAAAUGAGACUCCUCUGUACAUUGUAAAUCACGGUGAGACUGGACCAAUCCGCUGCAACCGCUGUAAGGCCUACAUGUGUCCUUACAUGCAGUUUAUUGAUGGAGGACGACGCUACCAGUGUGUUUUCUGCAGCUGCGUUAAUGAAGUUCCAGUGCAGUAUUUCCAGCAUUUGGACCAUAUGGGGAGAAGAAUGGAUCUGUAUGAGAGACCAGAACUGUCUUUGGGCUCGUACGAGUUCAUUGCCACACUGGAUUACUGCAAGAAUAAUAAGCCUCCUAAUCCUCCUGCCUACAUCUUCAUGAUCGAUGUCUCCUACAACAACAUAAAAAGUGGACUUGUCAAACUAAUAUGCGAGGAACUGAAGACAAUGCUUGACCGACUUCCGAAAGAGGAGGGAGCAGAGACUUCAGCUAUCAAAGUGGGUUUUGUCACCUAUAAUAAGAUCCUGCACUUCUAUAAUGUGAAGAGCGCUCUGGCCCAGCCGCAGAUGAUGGUGGUCUCUGAUGUGGCUGAGAUGUUUGUACCACUUCUUGACGGAUUCCUCGUCAACUUCCAGGAGUCUCAAGCUGUCAUCAACAACCUUUUAGAUCAGAUCCCUGACAUGUUUGCUGACACCAACGAGAGUGAGACUGUUUUCGCACCCGUCAUCCAAGCUGGUGUGGAGGCACUAAAGGCAGCUGAAUGCAGUGGCAAACUCUUCAUCUUUCAGUCCUCCAUCCCAACAGCAGAGGCUCCAGGAAAACUGAAAAACAGAGAUGACAGAAAACUAGUGGGUACAGAAAAGGAGAAGACUCUGUUCCAACCUCAGCGGGGUGUGUAUGAGCAGCUGACUAAAGACUGUGUGGCGCAGGGCUGUUGUGUCGACCUCUUCCUGUUUCCCAACCAGUUUGUGGAUAUAGCCACCAUGGGCGAUGUGCCGUCACAUACCGGUGGCUCCAUCUACAAGUACAGCAACUUCCAGGUGGAGGUGAAUGGUCAGCAGUUUCUCAGUGACCUCAGGAGAGAUGUGGAGAAGUCCAUCGGAUUCGACGCCAUCAUGCGCGUCCGUACUGGCACAGGCUUCAGGGCGACAGAUUUCUUUGGUGCCAUAUACAUGAACAACACUACAGAUGUGGAAAUGGCAGCAGUGGACUGUGACAAAGCCGUAACGGUCGAGUUUAAACAUGACGACACACUCAGCGAGGAGUCUGGAGCUGUGAUGCAGUGUGCUUUGCUCUACACCACCAUCGGUGGACAGAGGAGGCUGCGAAUUCACAACCUCAGUCUGAACUGCAGCUCUCAGCUGCCUGAACUCUACAAAAGCUGUGAGACAGACGCCCUCAUCAACUUUUUCGCCAAGUCAGCGUAUCGGGCCAUACUCAACCAGCCACUGAAGACGGUGCGGGAAAUCCUGGUUAACCAGACGGCUCACAUGCUGGCCUGCUACAGGAAGAGCUGCGCCAGUCCCUCAGCAGCCAGCCAACUAAUCCUUCCUGAUGCGAUGAAGGUGUUUCCCGUCUAUAUGAACAGUCUGUUGAAGACUCCGGCUCUAGUGGGCAGCACUGAGCUCUCCACAGAUGACCGGGCCUUCCACAGAUUCCUGGUCAAUGCGAUGGGAGUGGAGGAAACGCAGGUCCUGCUCUAUCCACGCCUCAUCCCGCUGCACACUAUGGAUGUGUCCAGCGAGGCGAUCCCGGCUCCAGUGCGCUGCUCCGAGGAGCGGCUCAGCGAGUCCGGCAUCUUCCUGCUGGAAAACGGGCUCUACAUGUUCCUCUGGCUGGGACAGGCCUGUCCGCCCGACCUCAUCCAGAACCUCUUCAAUGUGCCCUCUCUUGGCCACCUGUCCUCAGAAGGGCCGAUGUCAUUACCUGUGCUGGAUAAUGCUCAUUCCAGGAAGAUCCAUUCAAUCAUCUCCAGCAUUUCACAGCGGAGGGCCGCAUCCAUGAAGAUCAGCAGUGUGACUGAUGUGCGUCUCUCUGGGCAGCUGCUGAUAGUGAAGCAGAAGGACCGAUCGGAGAUGUUGUUCCGUCAGCACCUGGUGGAGGAUAAGGGUCUUCACGGAGGAGCGUCUUACAUGGACUUCCUGUGCUACGUCCACCGCGAGAUCAGGCAGCUACUUACUUAACUCACACUCACACACACAGUUAAGUGUGUUACAGCGCACAGCCCUCUUCUCAUAUAACCUCUACAGCUGCCUAUGAUAUACGACCAAACUCUCUUUCUGCAGUUGAGCGUGAACGUUCUGCUUUAUUCCUCAGUGUUUGACAGGAGGGAAAUGGGUGUUUAGACUGAACACUUUCAAAUGCGCCACUUCUCCCUGUUCUGAGGAGCCAUUAUAUUGAGAGAUCGUCUCAAUAAUUUCCUUAAGUCACUCCCCCUGAUUACAUUUACCAAAGGGAACAUUUCUUUGAAUCCUUAAUGCAGCAAAAUGAAUAAAAUGGGCUCGUAAUGUUUGGAUUUGAGUGGGAAAACAGUGUUUUCAGAUGAAAAAUCUGUGCAGUGUCUAUUAAAUUAAUAGACUGAUUUGUGACUGGAUAUAUACAGUACAAAACAUGCUCUUUUAUUUUCUUCAUUUUAUGACUUCAGGGAUGAAAACAUCACACAAAACUGAAUUGUAAUCAUGUGCAAAAAUUGUCUUGCAAUUGCAUCGCUGUGUCUGCUAUCCCACUUUUUUUUUUUUUGAAGUCUUAUUUUUUUUACUCAACAUUAUUUUGCGCAUCAGUACUUCAAAAUGUUUAGAGGGACACCACUGCUAUUUAACAUCAUGUCCAUAAUAUCCAGAAAAUUAACUAGACUUUCCUGUAGUUAAGAGUUUAACUUUUAGACAUUCAAAGAAAACAUAUCUUUUUUUUUUCUUUUUUUAAUAACUAAACGCUUAUUAAAGGUGGAACGUCCCUUUUAUUUUGUUGCAGUUAAUGCCAGUCAUUUUAUGUUAUUCUUAACUUCAUACACAGUUUUGCUCUUUGAAACAUUUCCAAUCUGAUAUGUUUUAUAACAUGAGCAAUUAUUAUAAUAAAUUUGCCUUAUAUUUUCUGACUUUUAAUGGUACAUCUCUGGACCAAUACUGUAUAUUUUCUUACAGUUUGAGAUGGAUUUUAAGGACUCGUAAGCAACUAUACCUCAGGUCACAUGCAUCUAGCCUUUGUACCUGUUCAUUAGUGCUUUGGAACCGACAUACGUGGUUCUUCAUAUUGAACACAAAAAGGAUUCAUGAAGGCAGCCUGUCAUGUACAUUUCAAUAUAAAACCUUUAUACAGCUGUUUUUGAAUAAAGGUGUAGUCCCUGUUCACCUUGUAAGUGUAAGUGUAUUUGUUUUGUGUGUAUUUUUCUGAACUCCAGUUAAUGGCUUUCAUAGGCCACAUACACACUGUAGCUAAACUCAGUUGUCAGUUCACCUUUUAGUGCUUAAUCCUGUUCUGUACCCACACAGGAGUGACAACUGCAUUCUACAACUGAAUUAACUACCGAAACAUUCAGGUAGUCAUACAAUUACAUUUCCAGAAAUUCUAUGCAUCAUGUACUGAACUGAACAACUAGUUUUAAUAAUGUAUUUAAACUCAUAUCGGUAUGGAAGGCCGAUGGGGCCAAAAGUCUUUAAGCGGACCAUGUGAAAUUUAACUGUCAACACGCAUUGAUCUUAUUUUGUAUGUGUAGACGAGCACACUCUGGCCUUGUUAAGGCAUGAGCUCUCGAUACGAUAUUGAUUCUCAUACCCAGCUAUACGAUAUUUGCCGAUACCUCAAAAA